AUGAGCACCGACAGGCGGCCGGAGGAGCGCGCUGAGGGCGACGCUGGGAGAGCAGAGCGGACGCCCACGGCCAAAGAUGCUUUCAAAGACAUUUCCAUAUACUUCUCCAAGGACGAAUGGACACAGAUGGGAGAAUGGGAAAAAGUCCGAUACAGGAAUGUGAAAAAGAACUAUGAAGCCCUGAUUGCUAUAGGUCUCAGAGCCCCUCGGCCAGCUUUCAUGUGUCACCGCAGGCAGGCCACCAAACCCCAGGUGGAUGACCCUGAGGAUUCUGAUGAAGAAUGGACUCCAAGGCAGCAAGUUAAACCUUCUUGGGUGGCCUUCAGAGUGGAGCACAGUAAACACCAGAAGGGAGUGCCCCCGGUGCCAUUAGGUAAUGAAUCUAGUUUGAAGAAAUUGCCAGGAGCAGCGCAACCGCAGAAGGCAAGGGGCCCUGUGCAGGCCCAGCGCCCGGCGCCCCCUCCCGGAGCAGCAAGCACCUCUGCACGGCACGCUAGACAAAAGCUGGAACGCAGAACAAAGCAGAUUGAAGUGAAGAUGUAUAGCCUACGAGAAAGAAAGGGCCAAGUGUACCAAGAGGUCAGCGAGCCCCAGGACGACGACUACCUCUAUUGUGAGAAGUGUCAGAACUUCUUCCUUGACAGCUGUGCUGCUCACGGGGCCCCUACAUUUGUAAAGGACAGUGCAGUGGAGAAGGGGCAUCCCAACCGCUCUGCCCUCACUCUGCCCCCUGGAUUAAGUAUCAGACCAUCAGGCAUCCCUGAGGCUGGGCUUGGCGUAUGGAACGAGGCAUCCGAUCUGCCGUUGGGUCUGCACUUUGGCCCCUAUGAGGGCCAGAUCACAGAAGAUGAAGAGGCCGCCAACAGUGGGUACUCCUGGCUGAUCACCAAAGGGAGAAACUGCUACGAGUACGUGGAUGGAAAGGACAAGUCCUGGGCCAACUGGAUGAGGUAUGUGAACUGUGCCCGGGAUGACGAGGAGCAGAACCUGGUGGCCUUCCAGUAUCACAGGCAGAUCUUCUACCGAACCUGCCGGGUGGUCAGGCCGGGCUGCGAGCUGCUGGUCUGGUACGGGGAGGAGUACAGCCAGGAGCUCGGCAUCAAGUGGGGCAGCAGGUGGAAGGACGAGCUCGCGGCGGGCAGAGCAGACCCAGAGCCCAAGAUCCACCCAUGUGGCUCCUGCUCUCUGGCCUUCUCCAGUCAGAAAUUCCUCAGCCAACACGUGCAAUGCAGUCACCCGUCUCAGGUCCUCCCGAGAACACCUGCAAGAGACCGCGUCCAACCAGAGGAUCCCUGCCCAGGCUAUCAAAAUCGGCAGCAGCAAUAUUCUGAUCCACACAGCUGGAGUGACAAACCUGAAGGUCAAGAGGUCAAGGAAAGGUCCAAACCUUUGCUGAAAAGGAUAAGGCUAAGGAGGAUUUCAAGGGCCUUUUCCUACUCUCCCAAAGGGCAAAUGGGGAGUUCUGGGGUACAUGAGAGAAUGAUGGAGGAAGGGCCCAGCACAGGCCAGAAAGUGAAUCCAGAGGACACAGGCAAAUUACUCAUGGGGGCAGGAGUAUCAAGAAUUGUAAAAGUCAAGUACAGAGGCUAUGGGCAAGGCUCCAAGGAUAGGUCUAGUCUCAUCAAGCACCAGAGGACACACACAGGGGAGAAGCCCUACGUUUGCGGGGAGUGUGGGCGAGAUUUCAGUCUUAAGUCAGCUCUCGUCAGACACCAGAGGACACACACAGGGGAGAAGCCCUACGUUUGCGGGGAGUGUGGGCGAGACUUCAGUCGUAAGUCAAGUCUCAUCAGACACCAGAGGACACACACAGGGGAGAAGCCCUACGUUUGCGGGGAGUGUGGGCGAGACUUCAGUCGUAAGUCAGGUCUCAUCGGACACCAGAGGACACACACAGGGGAGAAGCCCUAUGUUUGCGGGGAGUGUGGGCGAGACUUCAGGCUUAAGUCAAAUCUCAUCGGACACCAGAGGACACACACAGGGGAGAAGCCCUACGUUUGCGGGGAGUGUGGGCGAGACUUCAGGCUUAAGUCAAAUCUCAUCGGACACCAGAGGACACACACAGGGGAGAAGCCCUACGUUUGCGGGGAGUGUGGGCGAGACUUCAGUUUUAAGUCAGGUCUCAUCGGACACCAGAGGACACACACAGGGGAGAAGCCCUACGUUUGCGGGGAGUGUGGGCGAGAUUUCAGUCUUAAGUCAGAUCUCGUCAGACACCAGAGGACACACACAGGGGAGAAGCCCUACGUUUGCGGGGAGUGUGGGCGAGAUUUCAGUCUUAAGUCAGCUCUCGUCAGACACCAGAGGACACACACAGGGGAGAAGCCCUACGUUUGCGGGGAGUGUGGGCGAGACUUCAGUCGUAAGUCAAGUCUCAUCAGACACCAGAGGACACACACAGGGGAGAAGCCCUACGUUUGCGGGGAGUGUGGGCGAGACUUCAGUCUUAAGUCAAAUCUCAUCGGACACCAGAGGACACACACAGGGGAGAAGCCCUACGUUUGCAGGGAGGGUGAGGGAGUCAUCACCAAAAAACCACAUCUUAGCCACGGGAGGAUAAAUGUAGCGACCACAUACCUCAGCUCUGAGGGAGCUUCAGAGGAAGUCUACGACCCCUUACAUUCCCUAAGAGUGUGAUGAGCACAGAAAUAACGGGUUAAAUAGAUCCUCCGCUUUCACGAUAAGAGAGAAGGUAGAUAAACAGCAGAGGGUUUCUUAAUUGCCCUGGAGAUGUUCAUACCAAUCCCCUUCAUGGUUUUUUGGACUCCUGUUUUAAUAAAUUUUGUCUCCAUACAAAUCUGAAGCCCAGACUGUGUACCUC